UACUGCGGAGUUGGGAAAUGAUGAAGCUGUAAUAUCGGAGGUGUUUUUGAAAAAGGAAACCUUCCCUGUUACGUUUUUAUUGUAUAUUUGAUUUGACAUUAUCGAAUGAUUUCGUGAAAAAUGGCAUUAAAUUUAACAAAACAUAGAAAUUCGUUGUUGGAGGCGUGGAGGGAUGUUUUGGACGAAAAAUCAGACACAAAUUGGGCAUUGUUCGGCUAUGAGGGACAAACUAAUGAUUUGAAGGUGGUAAGCAAAGGAGCUGGGGGCAUAGAAGAAAUGACAGAGGAUCUAAACAGUGGCAAGAUUAUGUAUGCUUUCUGUCGUGUUCAAGAUCCCAAGACUAGCUUGCCAAAAUGUGUCCUUAUAAACUGGCAAGGUGAAGGUGCACCAUUGGGACGCAAGGGGACAUGUGCCAACCAUGUUCGUGAUGUGGCUGCCUUUUUCAAGGGUGCUCACGUUACCAUGAAUGCACGAAAUGAGGAAGAAGUGGUCCCCCAACUCAUAAUUGAAAAAGGAGCCAAAUCCGCAGGCUCAGCAUAUAGCUUUAAGGAAAGAGCCGACAACACAAAUGAUGCUGGACCUUUUGGAACCACAUACAAACGUGUUAUCCCACGCCAAGAAAUUGAUGUUCAUGAGCGCGACCAGUUUUGGGAACGUGAACAGAGGGAAGAACAGCAACGUCAAGCUGAGGAACGCAAACGUCGUGAGGAAGAGCGGCGGAAGCUGGAAGAAGAGAGGCAUAAGAGGGAGUUGGCAGAAGCUGCAAAACGUGAAGCACGUAUUGAGGAACGCACUCGUACCAUUAGCCAGCAGCGUGAGGCAGAGCGCAGUGCAGAACAGCAUGCUCGUGAUGAUGAUGAUGAUGAUUAUUAG